AUGGGGUUUUAUAGAGUUACAAGUUUUGUUCAAUAUAGUCAAUUAAAGAAACAUCAUUCAGUUGUAGUUUUUUUUUGUAAUUCCUCAGUUUUAUCUCAUAAAAUAGAAGAUUUUCUAAAGAAAUGGGCAUUUGAAAACCCGGGCUCCGAUAUUAACCUUCUUGUUGUUAAUGUUCACCUUUUUCAUGAUGUAAAAGAUGUUAAAACAGUUACUUCCGUCCCAACCACCAGAUCAUAUAAAAAAGGAAUAAUAAUAGGUGAAUAUAUUGGAUCUUCAGAACCAUCAAUAAUAAAUCUAAUUAAAGCAAAUUUAAAUAUUAAAUAA